UGUUAAAUGCAUUUUAAUGAAAUUUUAAAUGUAUAUGGAUUCUUCUCCGUAAAAUCUGCAAUACAGGAGGGGAAAUCCUUUGAUAUUGUUAUUUGGCUAGAGAAAAUGAUACUAGUGGUAAUUUCUUCUGUUGCUAGCACGAAAUAGACAAAUAACACAGAUCAGAACACCAUUAGUGUUGUCGAAUGCCUUGUUUAUGCAUCGAGGAAGGAAGUAGAGUUCAUCAGGAGGUGGAAAACAAUAUGCGUGGCGGCGGGGGUGGGUGAGGUGCAUGAAGCGGCUUUCCUUCUUGAUCACUUCUUUAAAACACGUAAACGUGGAUUUGCACUGUUGGCGAGAGGAUUGGGAGCAACGAGCAAACAGUGAUUUCGACGACUUGUGAAAUUGUGCUAGAUUUUCUCUUCUUUUAAGGGACCUUUCUUAUUUCGAAGUUUAAAUAGUUCUAUUAAUUACAUAUUCUUUUCGCUUCCUCUUUCUCGCUUCCAAGUAGUUCGGCUAGUGGUGGGACAUCUAUUUCUGUUUGGAAUGAUUACGGAACUUGUGGCCAGCAGAUUUGGGUUAUUUCUGAGACCGUCAGAAGAUUCUCCCAUUGUUCCUCCCACACACACACACACACAACUGCUUUACAGUAGCAAUAACUUCUGUUUGUUGACUCUUCUACGCUUAGUGGCAAAAGCACAUUCUGAGAAAUAGUCCAGGCAAUCGCCCCUUUCUCGGGCGCAUCGAUACAUUCCCGGGAGAUCAAUCCCGGUGCCUAGAAUUCCCUCCCCCACCAAAUGAGGCGCUUGGCGAAGUGGCUGUUGGCUGGUCUCUCCACUGGACUAGACCAGUUUUUCCGGAGGGGAGGACAGAAGUAGCUUCAAAAACCUUUAAGCCGUCGGCGCUUUUUUAAAGGAAAUAAACAUAACUGCUACGAGAUAUGUGAGGAACAAAAAGGAAAAAGAAAAGGAAGGAGAGGCUGAGAAGUAGGAACCUAUCUAAACUACUCUUUUCCAAGCUGAUUCUCCCUCCCCAAGAUGGUACAGUUUUCUUCUCCAUCUUGACAACUAAAGGAAAGGGUGGGAAAGGUCGAUGCUGAUUGGCGCACACACGAGCCGAAGACGAAGGAAGAAGUGAGCGUGCUUGAAAAAUUACAUUCUCUAAUUGGACAUAAAAUGCGGGGAGGCGGGGCCUGUCCCCUGCUGUGUUCGGGGUGAAGGUGAACUGGAGGAUGUGAUUGAGAUCGCGCGCGCUCGCCUGACGGUUGCUCGGGUUCGACUCGAGGCCAGUUGUGUAACUGCUGCUGGCGCUGACAUGGAGUUAAGAGGCGGUUAUGUUCCUUUAAGGCUUCUAAGUAACUUAUCUGUUAGCGCGCGCGCUCACACACACACACACAGUCUACGUAGCGCUCUCGCAGCCUGAGCCACUUUUUCCAGAUGGCCCUCAAGGAGAUCACUUCGGGAAGCAACGUGGAAUUUCAUUUACCAAGCCACAUUCACACCCGAUCCUUACAAGCACGAAUUCAAAAGUGUAACUUGGUGACAUCGAAGUCAUCCCGAAACCAUAAAUGGGUCCACGCACACUGUUUACCAUGUGCAGAGCUACAUUUGGGUAAGGUGGAAGCCCGCACCAAAAGAAGAUAUUCAUGAAUCUAUUCUCCAUGAUUGUAUAAACAGUUGAUGUAACAAUGGUACUAAUACUGGGCCGCAGAUUGAACAGAGGGGAUAGCCGGGUCCAAGAAUCCCCAGUUACCAAACGUAAAGUUUUUGAAAUGGACCCAAAGGCUUUAUCAUGCCAUGAAUUCUUUGAUUUUUCUUCUGGAUCAUCCCAUGCUGAAAGCAUACUUCAAAUCUUCAAUGAAUUUCGUGAUAGUCGCUUGUUCACAGAUGUAAUAAUCUGUGUUGAAGGCAAAGAAUUUCCCUGUCAUCGUGCUGUUCUUUCAGCUUGCAGCAGCUAUUUCAGAGCUAUGUUUUGCAAUGAUCACAGAGAAAGUCGGGAGAUGUUGGUAGAAAUCAAUGGAAUUUUUGCUGAAGCCAUGGAUUGCUUUUUACAAUAUGUAUAUACAGGCAAGGUAAAAAUCACAACAGAUAAUGUGCAGUACCUCUUUGAAACAUCAAGUCUCUUUCAGAUAAGUAUUUUGCGUGAUGCAUGUGCUAAGUUCCUGGAAGAGCAGCUAGAUCCUUGUAACUGUCUAGGAAUUCAACGUUUUGCUGAUACACAUUCUCUGAAAACACUCUUUACAAAAUGCAAAAAUUUUGCACUGCAAAAUUUUGAGGAUGUGGCCCAGCAUGAAGAAUUUCUUGAGCUUGGAAAAGAUGAACUUAUUGAUUACAUUUGCAGUGAUGAACUAGUAAUAAGCAAAGAGGAAAUGGUGUUUGAAGCGGUUAUGCGCUGGGUUUACAGAGCUGUGGAAUCCAGGCGCUCAGUUCUCCAAGAAAUUCUCACACAUGUGAGAUUGCCUUUGUUACAUCCUAACUACUUUGUUCAGACAGUGGAAGUAGAUCAGUUGAUCCAAAACUCACCUGAAUGUUACCAACUGUUGCAUGAAGCAAGAAGGUACCAUGUCCUUGGAAAUGAAAUGAUGUCUCCAAGAACUAGACCGCGAAGAUCAACUGGCUACUCUGAAGUUAUAGUUGUUGUUGGAGGUUGUGAGCGUGUUGGGGGAUUUAAUUUGCCAUAUACAGAAUGUUAUGACCCAAUGACAGGAGAAUGGAAAUCACUGGCUAAAUUACCAGAAUUUACAAAGUCUGAGUAUGCAGUUUGUGCUUUGAGGAAUGACAUCCUUGUUUCAGGUGGAAGAAUCAACAGCCGUGAUGUGUGGAUUUAUAAUUCUCAACUUAACAUUUGGAUCCGAGUUGCUUCUCUAAAUAAAGGGAGAUGGCGUCAUAAAAUGGCUGUUCUCCUUGGUAAAGUGUAUGUGGUAGGGGGAUAUGAUGGGCAAAAUCGGCUGAGCAGUGUGGAGUGUUAUGACUCAUUUUCCAAUCGAUGGACAGAAGUCGCUUCUCUGAAAGAAGCUGUGAGUUCUCCAGCAGUUACCAGCUGUGUAGGCAAACUGUUCGUGAUUGGUGGAGGUCCAGAUGAUAACACAUGCUCUGAUAAGGUUCAGUCGUAUGAUCCUGAUACUAAUUCUUGGCUACUUCGUGCAACAAUCCCCAUUGCAAAGAGAUGUAUUACAGCUGUAUCAUUAAACAAUCUCAUUUAUGUUGCUGGAGGACUCACAAAAGCAAUAUAUUGCUAUGAUCCAGUUGAAGAUUAUUGGAUGCAUGUGCAGAACACAUUUAGCAGACAGGAAAACUGUGGCAUGUCUGUGUGUAAUGGGAAAAUCUAUAUCCUUGGUGGGAGAAGAGAAAAUGGAGAAGCCACAGAUACGAUUCUUUGUUAUGACCCUGCAACAAGCAUCAUUACAGGAGUAGCUGCCAUGCCCAGGCCAGUAUCAUACCAUGGCUGUGUGACUAUUCACAGAUACAAUGAUAAGAAGAAUUUUUGAGUAAGAAAUCAGGCUCAUAUUACUGCCAGGAUUUGUAGGAUUCAUUUUUUAAAAAAAGGAACACUGCCUUUUCCAAAGUGUCAUCUGGAAAGGAACGUUGUGUUUAAAGUCUGAAAUGUAAUCAAACAUGAUUGUUAAAUAUUUCUCAUAGCUGUGAUUUCUAACAUGUUCUGAAAUCAUUAACAGUUGAUGUUACUAAACAGAUCAUGCUCAUGUUCAUAUUGUAAUUUUUUCAUGUUUAUUUCAAACCGUUUUAUCUGUAUUUUUCAUAUUUUUUAAUGUGAUAAGUACUGUUUACUGUCAAAGACAUGUGAAAAUUUAAGUUUGUAUCUGUGAUUAUGUGUAAAUGUUUUAAGUAAUAUUAUUUGCCUUUUUCAUUUUAUUUCAUUAAUUGGACUUAUAUUUAUAGAACUGCUGUUAGAAUAAUUUUUAAAAUAUUUGAAGAUCUGAACAAUGAUAUAAGCCUAUGUUGACUUUCAUUUUCAUGAAAGACUUUUAAUCAGAAAGCAUUUUAAAAAAUAUUUAGGUCCAUCUGUAUGUAGGGUCAUUCAGUUAAGGAAGUGUUUCAUUUUUCUAGUAUAUGGUAUGUGAUUACUUUUCAUUUUACUUCUAAAUGAGAUCUUAAAACAACUUAGCUAAAUCUUCAGAAUUCCCAUCUGAAAUUAAGCAUAGUAAGGCUCACAUCAUAGUUGCCGAUUAGAAGUGUCCCAAAGAAACCAUAAUUAAGACUCUGUCACUCAUUAUACCAGGUCUCAGAAUUGUUCCCAGAUUGGUAAAUAGCAACUUUAGAUUAAAAAAAAAAUCCAAGUGGUAAGGAGCUUUUGUUUUAAGAUACAAUAGAACCAACAAAAAGCAGUUGAUUAAUCAUUCUUUGUCUUCCAUUAAAGAAUGAAAACAUCUCCCAUGUAGCUGUUACUAAUAUUUUCCAGAUAGCCACACCUAUGUUAUGAAUAAUUUCUGAAUUCUACUUUUUCUGUAGCAUACCCUGUACAACUUGAAUAAAUUUGACAUAUUUAAUUUAGUGUAGAAAAUACAUAUUAAAGACAUGAUUUCUAGGCACAAAAAUGAUAAGUAUACAUGUAACCAGCACUGUUGUGUUGCAUGUUCCUGUGGUCAGCAGUUGUAUGACCAUAAUAUGAAAAGCAUUUACAGUACAAGAACAUGCUUUACAAGGAAAAUUCACUACACCAUCUUCUAUGUCAAUGUUUGCUUCCUGAAUAUUUGCCAACUGUAUGAACUUGAAUAUAUAUAUAUGACAAGUGCUAUAUGUGCAUAAUUUGCUAUAUAUGAUUAUACUGCUCUGAAUAUUAUGAAUUUUCCUUAGACAUUCUCACAUAAGGAAGUUAUGUAUAUUAUUUUUACCUCUUCAUUUUUACAUCUGGCCAUGUUCAGCCAACAUACAGUUGCUUGACUGGACUGUGAGGCUUAUUCUCCCAUAUAAACUAACAUUUAAUCUUUCAGUGAAAUAGAUUAUCAGGAACUGAGUGAAGCAGGGUUCUCUGAAAUAUGCUUGAUUAAGUAGUUCUAGUUGAUUUUCAAACAGUCAUUAUGUACUAUGUGGCCUCAAAUUUCUGAAGCCUUGGAAUCUUACGUAACUGUACAUUCAUCAAACAUUUGUUUUAACAAGGGUAUGGCUCAAAAUUAAUUAUUUACUGAGUGCUUUAUCUUAUAUAUAUUCAUGUGUUCACAGUGGGUGCCAUUAUAUACUUUUAGUAUUGACUAUACUUCUAUUAUUGGAAGCAUUUGUGCUGCUGUGCAGUAGAUUUACAUGUUGUGAUUAUUCAAUAAUAUAUGAACUAACAGCCAAAUGAGUUUAGUUUCUGACUAGAGAAAUCCAGUCAAGCCCUUUUGUUCCAGCCGUGGAAGAAGAAUAGAUUUUCAUAGACAUCAAAGGGGUUGUUCCCUCUCUUGAUUCCACUGAGAAGCUAUUCUGUUAGUGAAAAGGAAUGCAUUGGAUUUCACUAAUAUCAUAAAAAUACAUUAAGUCAGAGGUGGACAACCUGCUGCCUUUGAGUCCCCUUUUGCAGCCCACAAAAUCUCUGGCCAUUAUUUCUGAAAACUGACAGCACUGUUUCCUGCCAUUUCAAGAUUAGGAGCAAAUGAAAACUACGGAGUAAGUCCCAAACCAAGUCCUAUCAGAGUUAAACAAAAUUAGGAACCCCAUGAAUUUCCCUGAAAACACACUCUUGUCCACAUAUGUGGUGUGAUCCCACCUGCUCUGCAGCCCUUUAUCCUACAAAAGCCAUUUUAGUGUGACCCUUGGCCAUCAAGGCUACUUCUGCAUGAAAUAUAUCACUUGACAGGUUUUUGUUAAAGCAGUAUCAAAGCUGUCAUUCCUAUUUUGAAUGUACAAAAGUUCACAAAUGGCAAGUGUUGAACCAACUGGAUAGACCCCAACUGCAGCUCUUUUUUUCUUGGCAUCUAUUUUGGAAGUGUUCCUUUUAAAAAUGAGACAUGCCUGGAUAAUGGUAUGGUAUGGUAUUUGCUUGCUUAUUUUCAGCUAUAGUGAAGAAAUAUUGUUUCCUUAAAACUUCUUUACAACUACAGUUUGGGUCAUAUUUGUUAUCCUAAUUAAUCACAAGAAAUUCCUGUUUCUAGUUGUGAAUGAAUCAAGCUGCAGCUAUCUAUCUGAAAAUGUCACCAAUGCAUGUCACCUGUUUAUACAGUUUGAUAUAUCAUGCCAAAUAAAUCUGGCUUGCCAUCUACAGGAAAUUUGCCCUAUUUUACAUGUUGGUUAUUCUACUCUAAUUUUGCAUGCCUGCUGUUUUUCUCAUUAGAGUCCAUUCAAUGCAAUUCAAAUGGACAAGCAGAAAAAAUCACCCAUUAGUUUUGUAUUUACAUAUUUCAGCAAGAAUCACUACAGAUAUAUAAUCUAUAUAUAGUUUACUUGAUUUUUUUGUAAUAUAGUGGAGCUUUUUUCUGUGACUUCAGCCACUGGCCUGCAUUUUGAUGCUGUCACAUUGGUUAAAUCAAAUAUACCCAAUAUUAGAUCUUAUAGAAAUAACUUCUAGUGAAUAAAGUUGCGAUCCCUAGAUAAACCUUUAGGGAUUACCUUAAUCUAACAGCUCCUUUCCUGAUCUGCAAUCUAUAUUAUAACACUGUACAGAGAGCUGGAUUCAAAGAGCAAAAUGUGGUUUGGAGCACAGACAAGUACAUACGUAGCAUCUAUCAGGAACAACUGCACCAAGCUGGUGAGAGACCUCAGAAAAAGAUGUGCAUUCCAAAUCCCAUUUAGUCUGUCAAAUCUGGAUCUCUAUGCAGCCUUACUGUAUUAUGUUUUAAUCUUAAUGUGACUAUAGUUCAGCUAUGGAUAUAGAAACAGUCACCCAUUGUCUGAUGACAGUUAUCCCAUACUAUAUUGAUUUAAUCUAGAAGCCCCAUAUAUAGCUGUACUUUUGUAGCACAGCAUUUGAAAAGUCCUUCUCAAAAACUCAUUAGCGCAAGGAAAACACAUCUUCAUAACCUUAAAGCAUCCUUUUGAAAGGCUUGUGCAAUUGCUUCAAAGGCCAUUUCCACCUGUAUGUGCAUGCACAGCUGCUUUACUUUGUUAGUAAGUCCCAGUUGAAGUUUCUGGGUAUGUACCAUGCACACUUAGGCAGCUGGGGAGCAGCCUGCAACUUCUUCAGAAGGCAGGGAUGACUGAGUGCUUUGAAGGGGCUUACACUUUAUUAUGCACUUCUGAAUGCUUUGUAAAAUCUUGCCAUGUUAUUUCAUCAGAGCUGUGGAUUCUGUGUUCUUAAUCAGGGAUCCUGCUAACAUACCUCAUUCUUUGAAAGAAAAAGCAUUUUCCUUUGGUCUUUUCAUUCCUAUAUGCAAUUCUGCCAUGUAUAAAAAGUGAAUGAUGUAAUAAAAGAAAAAAGCAAAAUAUUAUGAUGAUAUAAUAUCUGACUAAUUCUAU